GCCGCCGUGGAGGCGGUGGCAGCAGCGGGUUCGGUUGCGCGUGGCGCACGGGGUGGGAGCGGAUCCCAGGCCGGGAGCAGGCGCUGCCACCAGCGACCAUGGGGAACGUGUUGGCCGCCAGCUCGCCGCCCGCGGGGCCGCCGCCGCCGCCCGCGCCCGCCCUCGUGGGACUCCCUCCGCCGCCGUCUGCUCCGGGCUUCACGCUGCCGCCGCUCGGGGGCGGCCUGGGCUCCGGGGCCGCCGCGGGGCGAGGCUCGGAGCGGACCUCCGGGGCCGCGGCCGCCGGCACGACGGGGUCGGCCGACGACGGGGCCUGCGGCUGCCUGCCCAACCCGGGCACGUUCGAGGAGUGCCACCGGAAGUGCAAGGAACUGUUUCCCAUCCAGAUGGAAGGCGUCAAACUCACUGUCAACAAAGGCUUGAGUAAUCACUUCCAGGUGAACCACACAGUAGCCCUCAGCACAAUCGGGGAGUCCAACUACCACUUUGGAGUGACAUACGUGGGGACAAAGCAGCUGAGUCCCACAGAGGCUUUUCCCGUGCUGGUAGGUGACAUGGACAACAGUGGCAGCCUCAAUGCUCAGGUCAUUCACCAGCUGGGCCCCGGCCUUCGGUCCAAGAUGGCCAUCCAGACUCAGCAGUCCAAGUUCGUCAACUGGCAGGUGGAUGGGGAGUACCGGGGCUCUGACUUCACAGUGGCCGUCACCCUGGGCAACCCAGACGUGCUGGUGGGCUCAGGAAUCCUAGUGGCCCACUACCUCCAGAGUAUCACGCCCUGCCUGGCCCUGGGUGGGGAGCUGGUCUACCACCGGCGGCCGGGGGAAGAGGGCACUGUCAUGUCGCUGGCUGGGAAAUACACGAUGAACAACUGGUUGGCAACAGUAACGCUGGGCCAGGCAGGCAUGCACGCAACAUACUAUCACAAAGCCAGUGACCAGCUACAGGUGGGUGUGGAGUUCGAGGCCAGCACCAGGAUGCAGGACACAAGCGUCUCCUUCGGGUACCAGCUGGACCUGCCCAAGGCCAACCUCCUCUUCAAAGGUUCCGUGGACAGCAACUGGAUCGUGGGCGCCACGCUGGAGAAGAAGCUGCCGCCGCUGCCCCUGACACUGGCCCUGGGCGCCUUCCUCAAUCACCGAAAGAACAAGUUCCAGUGCGGUUUCGGCCUCACCAUCGGCUGAGCGCCGGCCCCUUCCUCGCCCUUCCUCCUUCAGACCCCGCUCCCCUCCCUCCCUUCCCUCCUCCUCGGGGCCAGGGGGGCAGCGGAAAGGAGGGGCUCCGGCACCCCACUAGCUGAGGCCCCGCGGGGCGCUCGCCGCAGCGCCAGAAGCAGCCGGCCCGGUCGGCCUGGGGUCCCGGAAGGACUUCGGCGGCGAGGGGCGCGGGGUCCCGGGCACCAGGGGCAGAGGUGGCCAGACAACCUCAGGGAGGUGUUGGGGCGUCCCCGUCCCCCUCAAAGGGUCCCGAGCCCGGCCGGAGGGGGCAGCACGAAGAGGAGCUUCCCCAUCCCCGUCUGCCCGCUUCCCCACCCACCCCUCGGUAAAAAUCAUGUUUAUAAGUUAUGGAAGAACCGGGACAUUUUACAGAAAAACAAAAAAAUAUAUACAUGAAAAAAAAAGUGAAUAA